GUAUAAAUUAUGUGUACUUAGUUAUUCAGUGAAAUCUAUUUUUUUCUUCAUCUCAUUUCAUAAUACACUAUAUUGACAAUACUAUCAUAUAAAAUACAACAAAAUCCUACAUUGAAGACACCAUUGAGUAAUUGUUGUUUCAUAAUAGCAAAAAAAAUUGAAAUCACACAGAUCAAUGAAUUACAAAGAUCUUAAUCUGAUGCCCUUUUUACACCUAGGAACCAAUUACUCAGACCUCUGCUUGAAAAAGGUGUCAAAGCCCACACGCUUUACAAGGACAGUGGACAAGUCCAUAAUUAUCCCAAUUACAUCAUAAUUAUGAUCCCUAAAUCCCUGGAACAUCAAAGACACAAUGUUCUGUGAUCUACAUAACUAAUCCCCAGUGAUCUGAAAUUAAUUGGUUCAUGGCUUGGUUUAGAGUGAAAGUUGGGAGGUAUAAAUGAAAUGGCAACCACUGGGACAACCACUCUUGGUAGUUGUCUACAAUGGGGGAGGACAAACAACUGAUAGCCUGUGCCAUUGAAAUGAAUGAUCUUCUUAUAAAACACAAGAAACUUGAGCAGCAGCUUUCCUGUAUAGAGGCCUACAUGGAAAAUUUGUCAGCCAGAAUAUUUGCCACGCAUCUCCAAGAACAAGAGGCCCUACAUAUUAACUACCUUCACAGAAAGUCUGCUGCAAGCUCCAUAAGGAGGGUCUAUCAGACCCUCAGAGACAACACCAGCAGACAGAUUCAGACCCUGUCACACAGAAUAAUGUGUAUUCUACAGCCGGGGAUCCCAACCGCUGUGGAGGAUCCCAUAGAGGUGUUGACAAGCCUGACAGACCGUGAUGAUUUGGUGCAGGAACUGACACAGACAUUUUGCACUUUAAAACGUAGUUCUUGACGAACUCAAAUUCGCCUGACUUUUGGUCUCUUUCAGACUGUGUUGGAUAAUUAUUGAACUUGUAAUAUAUUGUAAAUCUCAAACACUUGCUAGUGGUUGACAAAUAGUGCUAUUUGAAUUAAGAAAAAAAAUGUACAACUCUUUUGAUUAUUCUUUGAAAUCCAUAUUUUCAUAUAAUGCAAUAACUAUGAAAAUAUAAUUGUAGCAUUAUCUUUAUGGAUACAUACAUCAAUAAAAUAUUUAAUAUUUACUUAGCUUUGUUCUGUUUCCCUUUUGCAACAAUUAAAAGAAUUCAUCAGAUAUAAUUUUUAUUCACUGCAGGAACAUUAAAAAUAGAGUGCAAAUCUUGAUUUCUCUAGAUACAAUGAAAUAAAAAAAAACCCAAACUUGAAUAUAAAUCAACCACUAUGGGCUGUUUGGUUUCUGAAGAGAGUUCUUAAAUGCCAUAAAUGUUAAACAACAUAAAUUGUACACACAGCCCAGUAAUAACACUAUUUAGUACACCCA